AUGAGCAAAAAGCAGUCCAAAGCGCAAGCCAGCAGCGCACGCGCCGCCGUCUCCGCCUUUGCGGGUUUUCGUACUUCCUCUCAUGCCGCUUUUGGUACCAGCUCGUCUCAGCUCUCUUAUGUGACCGAACCUCCCGAUCUAUCACAUCUCUCAGAUCCCAAUGCCGUCGUGUACUUCCGCAAUCUGUCCAAGAAGGAUAAUACAACCAAGACAAAGGCGUUGGAGGAGCUUCAAUCAUACGUUUCUGCGUUGGAAGGUCCACUUGAGGAAGGUUUCUUGGAGGCCUGGAUCGAAAUCUAUCCCCGUACUUCAAUAAGCAAUUCGAAGUCUGUCCGCCAAAACGCACAUACAUUGCACGGUCACAUAGCGGCAUCAGCGGGGAAGCGAAUAGCGAGACACAUGCCCAAGGCGGUUGGCGCAUGGCUAUGUGGACUGUACGAUACAGACCGUUCCGUAGUAGAGGCAACACAGAGCUCCCUCCGGCUGGUCUUCAACACUCCGGAAAAGAUACAAAAUAUUCGAAGGGCAUAUCAGCAACCUAUUCUGGAGUACUGCCGCAAUGCCAUAGACAAGGAGACAACAUACACAUUGAGUGAUGAUCGGACGGAGAGCCCCGAUGAUGCUGCUGCGAAAUACAGUAGGGUCAUCUCGGGUUGCCUUUCCCUCCUCGGCAGCUUGCUGUCCAACCUGAGCGCCGAAGACCGUUCGAAGUUCCAUUCCGAUUACACAAGCACUCUAGAAGACGCGAAAGUGUGGGAGUUUGCUUCACAUCAAGACGCUUCUAUUCGUCGCUCAGCUCAUCGCUUCGUUAAGGUCUGUCUGGAGAAGGAGUCAGAUACGCUUGCGGACAAUCUAGAUGUGAUCUGCAAAAAUUAUCUUGGUAGCGCCCUCAACUCUGACCAAUCUGGCUCUGCUUACGAUUACAUCGAUGUCCUCGUGCUGUUGACUUCCAGAUAUCCCACUGUUUGGACGAAACAUUACAAAAAUAAAACGUCUGUCGAGAGGCGUUUGCGGCAGUUUCUGAAGAAAGGUUCACAGCAUGGGCCACGUGAAUUCUGGCAACGUUUGGUUGACCUGUUCAAACUCCUACCCAGGGAGGUAUUACCUACAAAUGGCGCUGAUGCCGCCGAACUUCUCAAUGCUCUCCACGGAGGAAUUAUCCGUAAGGAUGAGUCACGAACCAGUCUGGAGACCGCAUACGACGCAUACCUGGACAUCACUGGAAUCAUUUGCCAGGAUUUAUCCAAGGAUGAGCAGCAGAGACUCUCACGAGAGCUGGUUCUACCGCUAGUGUCGCAAUUUCUGCAACCCACCAUAGAGAGCGCGGACUGGACUGUCAACAACGUGUCUGACAGUCUCAUAACCAAGGCUCUGAGUAGUGCUCCCGUGGCAAUUGUCGCUCAAGAAGAAUGGCCACGCUAUACGCAGCUUCUUGUCAAUGACAUACGAACUUCAGCCCCAGAGCAGUCCAAAGACUAUCGAUCGUCCCAAGACUCGUUAAUAGCAAGGGCUGCCCGGUUGGCUACAGUACAGAAACAUGUCCUCAAUGCCAACCGUCCCUCUCCUCUCAAGUCAACAUUCACCCAGACGUGCGUCGCGAUUAUUGACACCGGACUUGAUCAAUUGAAACGCAGAAAUGGGAAGCCUUAUGGAGCCGCGGGUGCCGUAGCCCAGUUCCUCACCAGCAAUCGCACUCUCAUUUUGUCCGAUCAAGGGUGCAGGGAGAAAAUUGAAAACUUCAUAAAAGAUCAUUUACCCUACCUGAUUCUCUCGGCUUCGGCAUCUUACCUGGUGGAGGUUCUCUACUCUAUGUCAGAAUCAGCGGAGUUCAAAAGAGCAUGGAGUCUGUCGCUUAAGAAUGUUUUAGCUGCAGAAGAUUCUCAAACAAAGUCUUCGGCGGUCAAUGCACUGUUGACUUCGGCAAAGAUACCACCAACGUUGGAUCUUGCUUUCGACGAUCCAGAACUGCAGGCUUAUAUCAAAGAGAAUGCAAUGGCAGCCUUAGAGGGAAAUUCGGAUUGGGACUUCUUCACGCAUAUUUUGCAGUCUCCCAGGAACAUCAUAUCCGAUUCGACGAUAGAUGACAUCUUGACGUCGAUGACGCAAUCACUGUCUCUGUCCGAGCAAGCACCAUAUGCGCUCGAAGGCUAUCGUCAUGUAAUAAAACAAAAUCCUGCCUUCAUGACGUCGUAUUUAUCGUCUCAAAAUGGUUCUAGUUUGCUCCAAGGUCUAUUGUUGGCAACAGAAUCCCCGGACGAUGAGAUAGCGCAGGCUGCUACUGCUUUGAAUGCCUCGAUUCGGACUCUUCUUGCUGCAGAAUCAGCGUCAAAGCAAUCAAUUGUUGAUCUGAUACAUCGUGGGCUCCGAGAUGCAUCCUCUACAUCUGUGUCUGUUGAAACGCUGGUGGAUCUGGCCAAACAACUGCUAGAGCAUUCAACGCAAGAGGAGCAGGGCACAAACACUGGUUCAGAAGAGAUGGUCAAAGUCUAUCCUGAUCUCAAGGAUUGGGAUGCGGCGCUAUCGCCAUUCCUCGAUAUCCAACCAAAGUCCUCGUUGGCGAUUACGAAUCGUCUGGGAGGAGCUGUUUACCUGGUACAGCAAAAUCAGGUUAGCUAUCACAAAGUGCCACGCGAUGCGGAUGGCUACUCUCCUGCCUACCGCAUUACCCGCUAUGUUACGAAGAUCAUUAAGGAGCGUAAUGCGGCCAUAAUACUCGACAAACUACCCGCCGUUGAACGCCGCUGUAUCUUUCGCAACCUUGCACUCACUGUCCAGCUAGCUACAGACAAUCUUGGCCUCGCCGGUGCAAACCAUCUUUGGGCAAACUACAAUACCGACGCGGAGGUCGAAGCUACCGCUUUUCUCUCCGAUGCCCUAGAAAUAUUGGCGCACACAGCUCAGGUGGAACAAAGAGCCUCGGAAUCUCCGUUCCUGGACUGGGCGGUGGGUGUACUUCUCAAUGCCGAGUCCGAUCUAUGUCCCAGGGCUUAUUAUACUAUCCGUGCCGCCAGCGUUACAAUGUCCGACUCUAUCGAGCACAACGGAUGGCACAACAGGCAGGGGGUGGAUUUCCAGAGCACCAUGAGGAAUUCCCGGAAGAGCAAAGGCACUCUUGCGCUACUCGGAUUUUUGCAUGCGUUCGGGGAGCAGUUGGUCGCAUCUAGAGCAUCCGAAAGACUGUGUAACGAACUAGUUGCUGAUCUGACUGGCCUCAAUGUGCAAGUCAAGGCAGAUGAAGGGCUUCGACAACUGGUCAUUCUGAACGCCAUCUUAUCUGGGCAACAGGGGGUUUCAGACAGCAUUGCGAAGCAACGUCUAAUCUUCUUCGUCAAGCACGUGGUCCCAUGGUUACAGGAUUACUCCCUGUCAUUGCCGAUUCGCGCCGAGCUGUGUCGUGCGUUGGCCUCAGUACUCCCUUUAAUGAGCGACAUUUAUGGAGAUCAUUGGAGAGACAUUCUCACUGCGUUGACCGCAACAUGGAAAAUGGCUACCGAGCUUGGAGACCGCGAAUCAGGCAUGGACAGCUAUGUCCCCUUAAUUCACGCAUCUCUCAAGUUGUACGAUCAGCUCCGCAGCCUGGUCCAUUCCGAGGAUCCGAACGAUGACCUGGUGGAUGUCUGGAAGGAGUCAGAAGAAGACGUGGCAGCGGGUCUCAUCAACCUCCUCAAGCACUCUCAACACUUCUCAGAUGAUUUUCACCAGCCUCUGAAGAUCGUCAAUGAAGUCCUUGCAAGACAGAUCGCGAAACUGUCACUCAAGAAUCUGGAAUCGAUGGAGGAUCUAUUUCCGCUCCUGUAUGUGGAGUCUCAGCCUGUGCAGCAGACCGCAUUUGAUAUUUUGCACAAGCAAAUUCCCGCUGCGCAAGAGAAGAUAUCUAUCGAGGCUGCGUUGGAGAAAACAACUGCUCGGCUGCCUGAAGAGCUUCUUUCAUUGAUCAUUGAGGCCCCCACCGUUGCGGCGUUGGCAGAUGCCACUUUCGAGCGAAACGUACCUCUUCCAUUAAGAGGCUAUCUGCUAAGCUGGUUGCUUGUCUUUGACCACUUUGAAAACUCUUCCUUCAAAGUCAAGAAUGACUAUAUUGAGCAUAUUCGAGAAGGUGAUUACCUUCCUGGCCUGCUCAAUUUUACGUUCGAUUUCCUUGGACACUCUAAAAGUAAGCCUGCGGAUGUAUCCAAGCUGGACAUCACGACGUACGUUCCUGAUGUGGAGCCUCCGAGGCGCGAUGCUCAGUGGUUACUCACCCAUCUUUACUUCCUCUGCCUGGAGCAUAUUCCGGCAUUAACAAAGGCGUGGUGGAAAGACUGCAAGUCCCGCCCUGUGGUGGUAACUCUUGAAGGUUGGACAGAGAAAUACGUAUCACCCCCCGUCAUAACCGCCGCCCUCAACUCCGUCAGCGAAUGGGCCAACUCGCUCUCCGAGACUGAAACAGAGUCCGACUUUACCGUCAAGGUCUCGCAUCGCACCCGUGAGAUAAUAACCUCCUACGUCGUCGACGAACAAACAAUGUCCAUGCGCAUUACUCUCCCUCCCGCAUUCCCCCUUUCCAACGCCAUCAUCGAAGGCAUCAACCGCGUCGCUGUCAACGAACAAAGAUGGCAGUCAUGGCUGCGCACCUCACUCGGAGCCAUUACUAUUUUCAAUGGUAGCUUGAUUGAUGCGCUCACUACGUUUAAGAGGAAUGUGGAGGGAGCAAUCAAGGGUAUGACAGAGUGCGCGAUUUGCUAUAGUAUUGUGGGGAGUGAUAAGAAGUUGCCGGAUAAGCGGUGCUCGACCUGUAAGAAUCUGUUUCACGGUGGGUGUUUGUUCAAGUGGUUUAAGACGAGUGGAGGGAGCAGUUGUCCACUCUGCAGGAACCCGUUCAACUAUGGUUAGGUGGGAGGAGAGAUUUGGAUGUGCUGUUGGAGUA